AUGGAGAGGGGCCGAGGUCGAGGAGGAGAAGUCAACCGCGGGAGGAUCUCCGACAUCUCGGCCAGGCUCAGGCAGCUGAUUGACGCCGACAGGGGGCAGCGGCGGCCGCCGGACAGGGAGGGCCGGGGGCGGGGGGUCAGCGGCGGGGCCGGAGGCGACAGGGAGUCGAGGAGGGACUCACGGGUGAGGCAGAGGGAGGCGGUGGAGCAGGCGAGGGUUGCGAUGGAGCGUGAGGUGUUCUUGAGGGAGCAGUUCUCGCGGCAUCGGAGUUCUGUCGAGAGGCGACGGGAGCUACAGGAGCUCGCCAGCCGGGGGCGGAACGUCCACUUCAACCCGACGGAGGAGACCUCGGCGAUGUCAACGGCGUCGGUGAUGGGGUCCGGCUCUUCGUCGUCCGGCUCUUCGUCGUCCUGCUCUUCGGACGGAGCCUCGGGCUCAUCUAGCGGGGCGGCCGGGAGAGGCUCGCCUCGAGGCGGCCGGCGCAAGCGGCCGGCGCAAGCGGCCAUCCGUGACGGCCUCGUGAACUCGUACGAAGACAAGGUCAAAGACUUCUUGUGCCCCAUCUGUUUCGACACAAUGGAAGAGGCGUACAUCACCAAGUGUGGCCACAGCUUCUGUGGCAAAUGCAUCCGUCGGAGUCUGGAGGAGACGAAUCGUUGCCCAAAUUGCAGAUACCUCAUUGAGCAUCCAACCCACAUAUUUCCCAACUUCCUCUUGAAUGAGCUGAUCCUGAAGCAGCGUCAGCGGCUUAAGGAGAAGAGAAUUAAGAUGGAACAACCGAGCGGCCAGCAGUGGCACCCUAUCCAGGAGUUGCUGGCGCUGGAACAAGAUGGCCUGGAGCUCGCCGACGUGAACCGCAUUCUGGAGCUGCUCACGGAGAAGAAGAUGCGGCUGGAAGCGGAGUCUACAGUGGCACAACACCAGCUGCUGAUUGAAUUCCUGCAGCAGGUUCAGCGCGGCAAGCAGGCGCAACUGGAUCAGCUGUCGAAGGAGCUGAGCGUCCUGCAGGGCGAUAUGCGGCACGUCGAGGAGCUGAUGCAGAAACAGCACGAAGCCGUGGUGCCCCAAGUGCCCCAGUUGCCAGAGACCCCAUCGACCAGCGGUUGUCUGGUGGACUCGGAUCACCCCUUCCCUGCAUUCACGGACAGCGCUCGGGCGAAGCGGUUGCCGUGCCACGGGACUGACUCAAUGGCGGCAAGGAGGCGGAAACUGUCGGCGCAUUUCGACGGCCUGGAGCGGUGCUACUCCGCCCGCCGCCUGUCGUCGCCCCCGGAUGAGGACAAGCGCGGAGAGCUGGAGGAGUUCCAGGACUGCCUGGCGAAGUUCACGCGCUACAGCUCCGUACGCCCGCUCGCCACGCUCUCCUACACCAGCGACAUCUACAAUGGCUCCAGCAUCGUGUCCAGCAUCGACUUCGAUCGGGACUGCGAUUACUUCGCCGUCGCCGGAGUGACCAAGAAGAUCAAGGUGUUUGAGUACGGCACGCUGAUCCGAGAUGCGGUGGACAUUCACUACCCCGUGAUCGAGAUGACCUGCGACUCCAAGAUCAGCUGCAUCAGCUGGAGCAAGUACCACAAGGGCAUCCUGGCCAGCAGUGACUACGAGGGCAGCGUGAUCCUCUGGGAUGGCUUCACGGGACAGAGGACAAAGGUUUUCCAGGAACACGAGCAGCGAUGUUGGAGCGUGGACUUCAACCUGAUGGACCCCGAGAUCCUAGCGUCUGGAUCCGAUGACACCAAAGUCAAGCUGUGGUCCACGCACAUGGACGCUUCCGUCGCGUGCAUCGAAGCGAACACCAACGUCUGCUGCGUCAAGUUCAGCCCCACGUCACGCUACCACCUAGCGUUGGCUUGCGCAGACCACUGCGUCCACUAUUACGACCUGCGCAACACCGAGCUGCCCGUCACGGUGUUCAAGGGCCACCGGAGAGCCGUCUCGUACGCCAAGUUCGUGAGCGGCGAGGAGAUCGUCUCUGCCUCGAUAGACGGCCAGCUGAAGCUGUGGAGCGUGAACAAGCCCCGCUGCACGCGCUCCUUCAGAGGCCACGUCAACGAAAGGACCUUUGGGGGGCUGGCCACCAACGGGGACUACGUCGCUUGCGGGAGUGAGGACAACUCGCUGUACGUCUACUACAAGGGCCUCUCCGAGGUGUCGCUCACGUUCAAGUUCGACGUGGCGACGGGUGCGCUGGGGAAGGAGAGUGAAGGGGACGGGAGAGAGUUUGUGAGCGCCGUGUGCUGGCGGCUGCUGCCGGACGGGGACUCCAAUGUACUUGUAGCAGCCAACAAUCAAGGAACCAUCAAGGUGCUGGAGCUGGUGUGA